UGGCCGCGCGUAACCACGUGUGAUGGUCCAACGGGUGUGGUUGUGUAGAAUUUCUCGGUUAUUUUGUGUAUUGUAUUGUUUACCCUAGAGUUGUAGAAUUGUCAAAUAAUCAAAGAUGUCAUCUGAUGAAGAGCAUGAGGAUGCACCACAAACCAAAAACCCAGCCUACCAGGACAAGCUGACCUUCAAAGACCUGGGCAUCACAGAGGUCCUGUGCACUGCUGCGGAACGUCUCAAAUGGAGCAAGCCCACGCAGAUCCAGUGUGAGGCUGUGCCGAUCGCGCUGCAAGGUAAGGACGUGGUCGGCCUGGCCGAGACUGGCUCCGGCAAGACGGGUGCGUUCGCACUGCCGAUCCUCCAGCGUCUGCUCGAGUCGCCGCAGCGGCUGUUUGGCCUGGUGCUGACACCGACCCGUGAGCUGGCCUACCAGAUCUCCGAGCAGUUCGAGGCGCUAGGAGCGUCCAUCGGCGUCAAGUGCUGUGUCAUCGUGGGCGGCAUGGACAUGAUGGCCCAGAGCCUGAUGCUGGCCAAGAAGCCGCACGUCAUCAUCGCCACGCCUGGUCGGCUGGUCGACCACCUGGAGAACACCAAGGGAUUCACACUCAAGUCGCUGAAAUGUUUGGUCAUGGACGAAGCAGAUCGGAUUCUCAACAUGGACUUCGGCGUGGAGGUGGACAAGAUUGUGAAGGCCAUCCCGCGCGAGCGGCAGACCUUCCUCUUCUCCGCCACCAUGACCAAAAAGGUGAAGAAGCUGCAGCGUGCGGCGCUCCGUGACGCGGUCAAGGUGGAGGUAUCGAGCAAGUACCAGACAGUGGACAAGCUGCAGCAGUACUACCUCUUCAUACCGGCCAAAUAUAAGGACGUGUACCUGGUGCACAUUCUGAACGAGCUGGCCGGCAACUCGUUCAUGGUGUUCUGCGGCACGUGCAACACCACGCUGCGGCUCUCCUUUCUGCUGAACGCCCUCGGACUGCCGGCCAUACCACUUCACGGACAGAUGAACAUGAACAAGCGACUGGGCGCCCUGAACAAGUUCAAAUCGAAAAAUAAGAGCAUCUUGUUAGCAACGGACGUGGCCAGUAGGGGUCUGGACAUCGAACAUGUGGACGUGGUGGUCAAUUUCGACAUCCCGACUCACAGUAAGGAGUACAUCCACCGAGUGGGCCGGACGGCGCGCGCCGGCCGCGCCGGCCGCUCCAUCACCGUCGUCACGCAGUAUGACGUGGAGCUAUAUCAGCGCAUUGAGCACCUCAUAGGCAAGAAGCUGCCGCAGUACCCGGCCGCAGAGGACGAGGUGAUGAUGCUUCAGGAGCGGGUCAUGGAGGCCGACCGGCACGCCAAACUGGAGCUGCGCUCGCUCGGAGACAAGGAGACGGGCAGGAAGCGGAAACGGCGGCCGGACGGUGACGAUGAGGAUGGAGACGAUGACGGUGACGCCGCCAUCCGCCGGCGGCUCCACUCCAAGAAGAAGGGACGCGGUGGCCGGCGGUGACGGCCUGGUGAGCGGAGAAAGGGUGACGGCGGGAGGACCGCGGCGGCGGGGCGGCGGGGGGCUGACUAGAGCUCAUGAGAGUGAGCUGGGAGGCCUCAGCGAUCACGAGAGCUCAUUCGGCGCUCACGCCUCACUCACGCCUCAUUGCUCGUCGGAGCGGCUUUACCAACGGAGACAAUCCACGUCCUGCGCUGGCUGGCAGUGGAGUGUGGGAUGGUUGGCUUUUGCUGAAGGUGGUGAGUCUGGACAUCAUAAGUCUGACACAUAUAAGUUGUGAAGUUACAGCAGACGCCCUGCUAUGAGCUGCAAGAACGGCUGGUCUCGCAUAUGAUCGCCACCAGUGUCUCCGCCUGGUGUGACUUGACUUAGCCAAUGCUACCAACAGCAUUGACUUCUCAGUCCAGCAUGGUCCCCAUGAAUGAUGGUAACGACACGUGGAGGUUUUGUUUGAACGUUGAAACCGUUUUGACAAGGGACGUUGAAUGUGUGCACUUUGCAUUUGUUGUGACUGCUGCAUGGGUCUAAUGUCGCGGCAUUGCUGAAGAGAUCAGAUGGGUGUGAGAUGGAUAACUGUUUCACCAUUCAGCGUGUUGUGUGACCUGUUCGGGUCGGGGCUUUUUUGGGGGAUCGCAUUGUUCACACAUGUGUACGUUACAACCGUCGUAGAGUGGUUUAGAAUACAUGAUCGAACGUGA